UUUAUUUUCUGUGUAACCAAAACGUCAAAUGAAGAAAGGAAAAGUUCGUGAAAAAAUAUGAAAAUUCCAUUGUUUUUUGAUAAUUUCUCAAUUAAUAAGAGUCAGGGGCUAAAUUGAAACCCAAUUUCCGUGAGAUUUUGCGAAAAUGUGAUCAUCAGGUUCAGUGAUAAUAUUUUUUCCUCAUCAAGUUUGGAUUGAAUUGAAAAUCAUGUCUUUGAAGAAACCACAAGAGUCUGGAAGUUACAUGGACAACGUUAAAGUCAAAAUAGCAGAGGAAUAUAAACCACCGCCUAAAAUAAAUAUACCAAUGACCCAUAAUCAAAGACUGACAUUUAAUAAACAUGUUCAAAACAAUUUACCAAAUUACGAUUUUUCUAUGGAAAGUAACAUAUUGAGAAAAGUGAAGGAAUGGAAAACCAAUAGAUUAAUCAAAGAAGAACAAAGGAAAGCAAGAUUACAAAGUUUGAAAGAAAAAGAACAGGCCGAUGAUCAGGACUGUGAAGAAGCUGAAGAGUCUGUUGAAACAAAUGUUCCUACUUCUCAUGUUAACGAGGUUGAAGUAUCUUCAGUUGGCCCAAGCUGCACUACGUCAUACUCUAAUGGAAUGUUGAUGCCCACUAAAGCUAACAACUAUUAUUCAAAUAUACUUCAACCAAUUCCUUCAUCCUUAGGUCCAAAUGGACAGGCAUCUUUUGGAAGUAGUUCGGGAGUUAAGAGCCCUUUUAAUAUAUCAGAAUUUGAAGCUGAUACUUCUAGCCCCUUUGAUAAUGUUGCUUUAAAAUCCAUAAAUGAUGUUGAGGAAUUAGCAAAGGUUUUGAAAAUUGAGGAUGAUACAUCAAAGCUUCCAACAGCAUCUUAUUCGAACUUUAAUAUUACCUCCAAUCUGCAAACUUAUCCGAAUUAUUCUAAUAUGUCCAAUUAUCCUAGUUUAGUAUCAUGCAAUACUCAGAAUUCUGUGACUGGAAUAAAUGGGUAUUAUAAUUCUUGUGAUAUGAAUCCUAUGAGGUCUUUUACUUCAGGCUAUCAAUGUUCUCCUCCUAAUAACUAUGUGAAGGCUUAUAACUCCAAUCAUAUUGCUCCAAGAGAAAAAGUAGAUGGUGAAAAUCCAAGACAAACUGUUAAUUUUACGGGGUCAAAAACCAAAAGUAGUCCAGAGUCUAUGGUCAAGAAGAGUGAUAAAGCUCCUGUUAAAAACGUCUCUCAAAAUGAUCCUUUUGAUGAACUGUCAAAAGAUUUGCAAGAAUUCUCUAGAAACAUAAGUUCAAUGGGCUUUCCUCUUCCUAGGGUUGCAAGAACUUGCCAAGCCCUAGGGAAGGAUAAUAAAAAGGUGGUUGAUCAUCUUUUAGCAAUGUCCGAACUUCUAGAUCUUGGAUUUGCAGAAGAUAAAGUUUGUGAUGCACUUCUGCAGUGUGAUAAUGAUAGAGAUAAAGCUUUAGAUAAGCUUAUUUCUUAGCAGCAUUUUAUUAUUCUCAUAUUAUCAUUCAAAGAUACAUAUAUAGAUCUUAAUUUAUUUGUAUGAACUUAAUGUAGAUAAAAUAUUUUCAAUUGGCCUUUUUGAAUGAAUAAAAAACUUACAAAAAACAAAA